GUCACUGGCCUGUGCAAUCACCCAGCCGAUUUUACUCCUCUCUGCAAUGGAAGAGUAUAUAUAAGCAUCCAAGAGAUUAGGCUAAGCGGGAAAGCAAGCAGGCGGGCACCCGUGUCCUCCACCCACCUCGCCUCCGCCGCACGCAACAGCCCACCACCCACCCACCACCGUCCGCCCAUGGAGAUGGAGAGGCGGGCGGGCAGCAGCAAGCGCGCGCCGAAGGUGGUGGCGGUCCUCGCCGGCCUGCUGGAGCGCGCCGCCAAGCGCGGCGACGCCGUCGCCGACGGCUCGCGCUCGUGCUCGGCGGCGUUCCGGGGCCCGACGGAGAAGAAGCCGGAGAUCGGCGUGCGGCGGUACGCGGAGCGCAUAUACCGGUACGCCGGGUGCAGCCCGGCGUGCUUCGUGGUCGCCUACGCCUACCUCGACCGCCUCGCCUCGCCGUCGCCGGAGGAGGAGGACGCCGCUGCGGCGGUGGCCGUGGACUCGUACAGCGUGCACCGCCUCCUCAUCACCAGCGUCAUGGUCGCCGCCAAGUUCAUGGACGACAUGCACUACAACAACGCCUACUUCGCGCGGGUGGGCGGGGUGGAGCUGCGGGAGAUGAACGGCCUCGAGCUCGAGUUCCUCUUCGCGCUCCGGUUCCGCCUCAACGUCACGCCCGACGGCUUCGCGUCCUACUGCGCCGCGCUCGAGGGUGAGAUGAUGGCCACCGACACGCCGCCGCCGCUAUCCCCGCCGACGGUGUUAGCCUCGCCGGAGGAGGAGGAGGAAGAGGACGUCGCGGGAGGCAUCGUCACGGCCUUCGCGGCGGCUGCUCGGGUAUCGAUGACCGAGAUCACCAGAUGACACGGAAACAACAACGUAAUUAAGAGCUAGCCGGCCUCCGUGCGUGGAGGGCAUGCGAUGCUUGCGUUGUGAUUCUUUCAUUUCUUGUAGCUUCUUGGUGAGGUGUCUACCAUGUUCGUUGCCGAUUGAAUGUACAGGUCUAUCUUUUUGAGCUACGAUGAAUAUCGGUGGCCGAGAUCA